AUGGAGGAUGGUGGGGGUGAUGGAUGUUCACCGAAACUUGAUAGACCACGAAUUUUAUUCACAACGCAAGAUGAUACUAAGAUCGAGAGUCCACCAUCAGUGAAAGAUGAUAAAGGCAGUAUGGAUACGACAAAUUCACAUUCUUGUGCAUCAAGUCCUCUCUUAAAUACUGAACCACUUCCAAAUGAUGACGAUGUUUUAUGUCCAUAUUGUGGACAUCAGUUCAGAAAGCCGCGUGUAUUAGAUUGUCUGCAUUCGAUGUGUGAAGACUGCAUAAUAGCACAGUUGGAUGGACGUCGCGAAAAUGAAACGAUAGCAAAAUCAAGCACAUCUAAUAACCGUACCUCCACUCCAUCAUCAGCAGCAACUGAUUUCGAGUUGGAACAGAACGCUCUGCAGAUGAGACCCACCCCACCAGGUGUCAUCAGAUGCCCCAUAUGUUAUCAGGAAAGUCAUGUGGGCAAUGAUGUACGUUUUGUGAAUCAUUUGGUGUUGGAUUUUAUACGCAUAAAUGAAACAGAGAAUUUGAAUAAGAAUGCUGGUCAACGUUCGUGUAAAGCGUGCAAAAGUGAACAGCCAGCGAUUGCUUUGUGUAAACAAUGUGCCUCGGAUCUUUGUAAGAACUGCGUUCAAGCACACCGAGAUAUGAAACUUUUCGAUGGACAUGAUGUGUUGACGUAUUCUGAGAUAUCAGAAAAGGAUCUCGAAUUGCCACAUGAACCAGUGAUGUGUAUACAACAUCCCACAAUCCCAUAUACAGCACUGUGUACGUCAUGCGAAACGUUGGUGUGUAUCCAAUGUCAGUCUGAUCAUGCGGAUACAAGACAUCAUAAUAUUGUUCCAGUUGAUGAUCGUGUCUCACAACUCAUCAAAAUCGAAUUGAAUGAAAUUGCUGCAAAUGCCAAUGCAAAGGCAAAAUCAACAGAGAAAGCGUGUGGUUGUAUACCAGAACGGCAGCGUCUACUGGCUGAUCAAUAUGAAGCGAUUCACAAUCAAAUUGAAGACGCAUUCUCGGAAUAUGAACUGAUCUUGAAAGAGUCGAAACAGAAGCUCUUGAAUGAACUGGAUAAAGUUCGUGAUGAGCAAGACUCUCAGCUCAAUACUCUUUCGCAUCGCAUCUCUGUUACCACUGUCAAAAUUGCCGACGCUUUAGCAUUCACCGAACGUUUACUGUCCAAGGGUUCAGCAUUUGAAAUAUUGGCCAGUCGUAAGAAAGUAUGCCAGCAACUGACAUCAUUAGCGCACAGCAUACCUGAUUUGAGUACGACCGUCGAAUUGACAUUCUCGCGUUUGCAACAUGCACAGUUCGCGAAACAGUUGAAUUCGAUUGUUGGGAGUGUUUCGUCUCGUUUGGUGGCCGAAAUAGUGAAGGAUGAGAAUUUAUUGGCGAGUUUACGUUCAACAGAUGUGAAUUCAUCACUGAAACAACUGACAAUGCUUCGCGAUGCCCCAUCAGAUUCGUGUGCGCUGACGCAAAUCACAUCGACACACACGAAUUCAUCUGCAACAACAACACCAUCCAUUGGCAAUACACUCACUUCAGCGUUUUCUACUUAUUGUAAUGGCCCAGGUACGAUCGGAAUGGAGCGUCGCCAAAAGUCGAUCUCAAUCUCGGCUCAUAAUUCGAUGGCAGAUUUCAACGAUGGAUGGCCGCCGUCGAGUGUUCCACCGGAACCACCAAGUCCAUCUCCACCGAAUGAUUUCACUGCUAUGCCGCAAACAGCUGCAGCGAACCAGUUCAAUGCAAUGGGAAUACGACCGCGCGGAACUGGUUCGAUAUUCGACUCGCCGCUCAUCGAUCCGGCAGCGUUGAAUCUGCACUUGAAUUCUGUUGAUACCACCUCGUUGGCCGCACUUCAGUCGGCUUUACCUCAACUAGCGCCAAACGCACUCGGCCGACAGUCUCAGUGUGGGACACCGUCCGAUCAGAUCGUCACUUCUGCAGCUACUCUUCUUAACGAUCGACAGUUUCUGGGAUUGACGCGUGGUAUGGCUCCGAAGAAUAUCGUUGGCGCAAGUGAUUUGAUUGUUCGCUGGCAUAUCGGUGGUAUUGGAAUUGCCCCGGGGCAGUUCAACUCACCGCAUGGUUUUUGCUUGGGAUGCGAUGAUGAGAUUCUAGUUGCGGACACCAACAAUCAUAGAAUUCAGAUUUUGUCGAAGCAAGGUAAAGCUAUAAUGCAAUUUGGUGUUGCGGGUACAGAGGAUGGACAGUUGUUCUAUCCGAAGAAAGUAGUUGCGUUGAGACCACGACCAUCACUUCCCGAUGGCGCAUAUAUCGUUGUGGAUAAAGGUGACAGUAAAGCGAGACUUCAGCUGUUCACGAAAGUUGGCGAAUUCAUCCAUAAAAUUGUGGCCACCUAUAUCGAGUAUGUAUCAGCAUUGACCGUAAAUGAAUCCGGUCAUUUGGUUGUCUUCAAUAGUACUGGUGCUAUGUUCGUGCUCGAUAUUGAUCAAGGUCCUACAGCGAAGGUGUUGAAGUGGGCUGAUUGCGGGAAGGUACUCUGUGAAGCAUCUGAUGUGUCUGUUUUUGAGGGUCUUUACUAUGUGACCGACUAUAAGCAGCAUUGUGUUGUUGUGCUGACAAUUGAUGGUGAAUUGGUGCGUCGGUUCGGUGCAUUCCAACAUACACCGUACCCGAUCGGAGUCGACGUAUCGAAGGCUGGCGAUGUGCUUAUUGCUGACUCACACGGCAAUCAUUUUCACAUUUUGGUUUGCUCGAAAACUGGUCAACGAUUGCAGGAUUUCGAAUGUACACAACUUAAGGUAUCACGUUGCGUUGGACUGCGUAUAACAUCAGAAGGUAACAUCGUCUCAAUUUCGAAACAUAAUCACAAUGUAUUAAUGUUUAAUACACUCUAUUUGAGUCACUAA